CGUCACAAAGGGUCGGGGCGCGGCGUGCGCUUUGGUGAGGCUCUGAGCGCCCGCCUCGUUUCUCGGGUGCGGUCAGCACGAUACGAUACCACCCGGGCUAAAAUUGGCCGUUAAACACUAUGCUAUGGACCCUGACUGCGUAUACCUAGCAAAGCUGGUGGGGUUAGGUGAGCGGGCUUGUGGUGGCUGUGGCUGUGUGAGCGAGCCCUUGCCGGAUGCUGCAGCCGUGGCUGCGCGAUGGACGCGGCUUUGCGAAUCGCGAUGCUUUUGCUGGAUGGCUCGCUGGUGGCCUCAUCGGAUGGAUCGUAUGAGUGAGCAGGCCGCAGGCAGCGUUUUCGUGGAUGUCUGUUUUUUCCUUGGCUUGUGGGUGAAGCCCGGUCGAGUCCGCUCACUACUCCAUCCCAAGAUCCUUUCUGUUUCGUCUUGUUUCGGCUUUUUCGCAUCGCGCCAUUGGACAGGGCGGGCCGACGAUAGUAGGUGCAAGCUAUGUCUCACGUCUUUUGUGUCGAGGUGGUUUGUUGAGAUGGUUGGCUGGCGCUCGCGCUCGCGCACGUCGGACAGCAGGACGGUAGGCUAGGAGGCUUGUGAGACGCGUUGCGACAACGGACGGGAGGGGGUAUAUGCGCGGCUGCGGUGCUGCCCGUCUGUCGUGUUGCGACGGCGCAUACUCCUAACUACUGCGAG